AUGAUGUCCAUGAACAGCAAGCAGCCACACUUUGCCAUGCAUCCCACCCUCCCUGAGCACAAGUAYCCGUCGCUGCACUCCAGCUCGGAGGCCAUCCGGCGGGCCUGCCUGCCCACGCCGCCGCUGCAGAGCAACCUCUUCGCCAGCCUGGACGAGACACUGCUGGCGCGGGCCGAGGCGCUGGCGGCCGUGGACAUCGCGGUGUCCCAGGGCAAGAGCCACCCUUUCAAGCCGGACGCCACCUACCACACGAUGAACAGCGUGCCAUGCACGUCCACAUCCACCGUGCCGCUGGCGCACCACCACCACCAUCACCACCACCACCAGGCAUUAGAGCCAGGAGAUCUGCUGGACCACAUCUCGUCCCCUUCGCUCGCGCUCAUGGCUGGAGCUGGCGGCGCGGGCGCUGCGGGUGGUGGUGGAGGCGCCCACGACGGCCCCGGGGGCGGUGGCGGCCCCGGGGGCGGCGGUGGCCCAGGUGGCGGCGGCCCCGGGGGCGGCGGCGGCGGUGGUGGCCCAGGGGGCGGUGGCGGCGGCCCGGGUGGCGGGCUCCUAGGCGGCUCAGCACACCCUCAUCCGCACAUGCACGGCCUGGGCCACCUGUCGCACCCGGCAGCCGCCGCUGCCAUGAACAUGCCGUCCGGGCUGCCUCACCCCGGGCUGGUGGCAGCGGCCGCGCACCACGGCGCUGCAGCAGCAGCGGCAGCGGCAGCGGCUGGGCAGGUGGCUGCAGCGUCCGCAGCGGCGGCAGUGGUGGGCGCAGCGGGCCUGGCGUCGAUCUGCGACUCGGACACGGACCCGCGCGAGCUCGAAGCGUUUGCUGAACGCUUCAAGCAGAGGCGCAUCAAGCUGGGCGUGACGCAGGCCGACGUGGGCUCCGCGCUGGCCAACCUCAAGAUCCCGGGCGUGGGAUCGCUCAGCCAGAGCACCAUCUGCAGGUUCGAGUCGCUCACGCUCUCRCACAACAACAUGAUUGCGCUCAAGCCCAUCCUUCAGGCUUGGCUAGAGGAAGCCGAGGGUGCCCAGCGGGAGAAAAUGAACAAGCCUGAGCUCUUCAACGGCGGGGAGAAGAAGCGCAAGCGGACUUCCAUCGCCGCGCCAGAGAAGCGCUCCCUCGAGGCCUACUUCGCUGUACAACCCCGGCCCUCGUCGGAGAAGAUUGCAGCCAUCGCUGAGAAACUGGACCUCAAAAAGAACGUGGUGCGGGUGUGGUUUUGCAACCAGAGACAGAAGCAGAAGCGGAUGAAAUUCUCCGCCACUUACUGA